GACAAAGACGAGUAUACCAUUAGAGUGAGAUAGGUAUAUAAAUUUCACGAUUAGAAAUGGCGUCUCUGUGAGUUGUCCUUUUCGCACAAGAUAUUCUCAUUUUAUUACGAUCAAAACAAGAAUUACUGUUUACAAAAGUUGAAAAAUGUGGCCGUGUGUUGUGUUAUAGCAUUAACUAAUUAAAUAUAUAUUAAAUUAGGAUUAUUAGGAUAAUUUGUAUUUAGUGGGACAAUGAAUUACACUGGGCGAGGCGUUUCGAUAUAUUUCUUACUAUUGAAAAUUCGUAAAAACCCCUCGUCCAGGCGUAUUAUAUGCGCGUUUUAGUGCAAGUCGAUAUAUAAUAUAGUGAAAAUGGACAAGAAAAGUAAGAAGAAAACUGUGAUUAAGCGGAAAAGUGAUGACCAAGGUGAGGGUGAAAAAAAACAGAAAAUGAUCAAUCGCGCGAAAAACGACGAUGAAAAGGACAAAAUCGAGGUCCAGGUCAACCAGGUGGUAGAAGUUCCGGUCGAGCAGGGUCAGCAAAUAGUUCACACGGGACAGUUGGUUGAAGGAAACUUCGAACAGCCAGUGUUUGUUAACAUGAAGGGGGAACCAGUGCAACUUGGUCCGAACACUGUGAUACUGUAUGAACAAAGCGGGAAUCCUUCGAACUUUGCGUUUGGCGGGAUGUGGAGCAUGGAUUCGUCUGGUAGAAUUGUUAUGGCGGAAACGAUAUACGAUGUGAAAGGAGAACCCGAGGAGGAAGGCAGCACUUUUGUUCAAAACGCAACUGAAGUCAAUAACCAACCAGUUGAAGAAGCGAGCAAUACAUAUCAGCAGUUUGAAUUGAGUAAUAAUGCUCAAGUCGAAGGCCAAGAGUAUGAAGUGGCUAUCAUCGAAAACCCUGGGGAUGCAUCGGACAGGGCAGAAGUUCAAAUUAUAACAACGGAGGCACAACUGGUGGCGACUGGCACUGGUGCUGUGCGCUGGCUCAACCAAAAAUAUGAUUUUGUUGUUAGGAAACUCCAACUGAACUAUGAUGCAGGCGUCAAACUUUUACACUCACAGUCCGGUUGCAUUCAGUGCGUAUAUCUCACAACACCCAGCAUGCAGUUAGCGUUCAAUGCAGUACCACAGUUUCUAUGCAUCGAGACGGGCAUAGAGUUCAACAGUGCAAUCCCAACAGUGGGCGGAACGACUAGCCCAAGUGUCAAACAUAAUGUCACACUGUUCCUAGCCGAAGACGGCAACGGAAAAUCGGUCAUCGUCAGUGCAGGCAUAUCGACGCUGAUCGGCGAGGACCUGACGUGGCUGCUGGAGACGUUCAAGUCGUGCAACCCGGCGUGGCGGCAGGUGCGCUGCGUGGUGUGCGACCCCACGAAGAGCCAGCAGGACGUGCGCGGCGCGUUCCCGGCGGCGCACGUGUCGUGCUCCGUGUGGCAGGCGGCGCGCGCGGCGGCGCGGGCGGCGGCGGCGGCGCGCGAGGCCGACGCGCCCGCGCUGGCGCCCGACGACGUGGCGGCGCGCUGCAAGACCUACGCGCUGGCGCUGCUGCGCGGCGACCACACGCCGGCGCAGCUGCAGGUGCUCAAGCGCGCCGUCAUCGGCACGGGCGCCGGCACGCUGCGCGUGUGGGAGCAGCUCACGCGCGCGGGCGGCGCCGUGGCGCGCCUCGACGCCUGGCUGGAGCCCGACAACUACACCAACAUCCUGCACAAGGGUCUGGAGCGAUUAGUCGCGAAGUUCCAAGGACUCGUCCGCAGUCAGAUGCAACCGGACGAGUUCGUCUCGCUGUUUUUCAACGUCGCCAACCAGCUCGAAGACGAGCGACGUAGCUUCGCCGUCAGCAGGUUACGGGAUACGGAAACGUUAAAGCAGUCGCCCACUGAUACGAUAACACAGUACGCUUAUAACCUUAUGAGUCACCAGACGAAGCUCGCGCAGAAGUGCCUCGACGACAGAGCGGGCAGAAGGCAUAGCAGUGCGGCGAUAUGCAAGUACGGGACGUCAACACAGGAGUGUUCGUGUCUCUUCAGCAAGGUGUUCCGGCUGCCGUGCAGACAUAUCCUCAUGCUGACCACGGAGUUGAAGGUAAAAACUCAUAUUCCAUUUGAGCCUCGUUGGACGGUGCAACAUUGUCUGUUCGGUUGUGAGGGAGCUACAAACGCUGGUGGAAAUAAUACUACAACAAGCGGCAGUACGUUCAUGGAGCAAGUGGUGGUGGAAACAGAAGGUCACCGACAGACGAUUCAACAGCCUCAACAAAUACAUCAGGUCGGCGGAGUCAGGCAACAGCAGUAUGUAUUAGCGACGCCCGGACAACCCGCGACCCCUGUAUCACAAGUGAUAUUCUGCGGCGGAGGCGUGGGCGGCGUGGGCGGCGGCGCGCCCGUCAUCACGUCCGUGCUGCCGCCCGGCGGCGCCGUGCUCACGCCGCACCACGCGCUGCACCACUAGGCCGCACCGCCGGCCGUAUCAAAUUCAUUGCAAUAAUCGUGGGAAAUGUAAUCGGGGACACAAACGUGUAAAGUUUAUAUAUUUAUUGAAGGCCGUGCCCUCGGCCGUACGAUCGGAUCGACUCGCGGCUCACGAAUAAUAGAUCUGUGUGUCCGGUGUUAAAACGACCAAAGCAUAUCCGAGAGUUUAUUGUGAGCAACGCAUUUGUUGCUGUCAUUUCGCAAAAUAUUAGUACUAAAAUGACAUCACUAAGAUCGACGAUAUUACCAAAAGGGCGUAUGUUAUAUGAAGGUGCCGACGUUCGUUAAUUAUUUCUAUUCUGAUUAGCUAGAGGAUUGUCGGUCCUUUUAGCGACGGGGACACAGAAAUAAUACGAGUAUAGAGAUUAAAAUCGCGUCAGAUACAGAAAAUGAUACGCCGGUCGUAGGUUUACUGUAAAUAUUUUUGUAAUAUGUACUUUUACAUAAGUCGAAUGAAUUCGAAAAAUACUUAAAUAUGAAAUAAGCAGCCCCGGUGUCUGAAGGGCGAGAGCGGGGUGUUGCGGGCCGGGGGGAGAAGUAGUUUUUUAUAACGCGGCGUUAUGGACACGCACAAAUAUGUCGAUACUCGUAUUAUGUGUUAUUCUUUGCCUAUUGAGUUAUUAUUUUGUAAAUUAACGAAAAAUAUCCAUUUGACGAAAGAGAUUAAUCUUCCUGUCGUUAAAACUGCAUACCUAAACUCUCUUCUUGGUAGGAUUAUGAUAAUGAGGGAUUAGACAGUGCAGGAGGAUUACUAACGGUAGUCACCACUUCACUCGGUGGAAGGGCUUUAGACAAGUCCGCUGGGUUGCUAAUCACUCAGACAUUCCACCAAGUUAUUCUACGCCAAACUGCAAUAUUAGUAUUGUUACUGUUCUGAUUUAAAGGAUGAGUGAGCCAGUGUAAACCUUACUUAUAGGU